AUGUUACUACAGCAGCUAACAAGAGCACCAGCGCCGCUCAGCCCGGCGUACAAGAUGCUAAAGCCAGGUCACGCCGCAUGGAGUCCUGGUCUUCCUGCCUUCGUACCAGCUCAUGAACCGGCUCGCCAGGAGGUGAGUCAUGUUACUACAGCAGCUAACAAGAGCACCAGCGCCGCUCAGCCCGGCGUACAAGAUGCUAAAGGUGACGCGGUCCUCUGGGUCAGCCAGGUCACGCCGCAUGGAGUCCUGGUCUUCCUGCCCUCGUACCAGCUCAUGAACCGGCUCGCCAGGAGGUGGCAGGAAACCGGAAUUUGGAGAAAGUUAGAACAACAGAAGAAUGUCUUUAUGGAGAGCAGAAACGUGCGAGAUCACAACGACACAAUGGAGGACUUCUACAAGUACGUGGAGACGGAUCGAGGCGCAAUUCUAUUCGCGGUGUUCCGCGGAAAGGUGUCUGAGGGCAUGGACUUCAAGGACCACCAGGCGCGCGCUGUUAUCACCAUCGGAAUCCCAUACCCGAACACGUUCGACAUGGCGGUGAAGGAGAAGAUGGCGUACAACGACAAAUAUGAAAAGUCGCGGGGUCUGCUCCGCAGUAGCGAGUGGCUUCGCGUGCAAGCUUAUAGGGCGCUGAACCAGGCGGUGGGUCGCUGCGUGCGGCACCGCGGCGACUGGGGCGCCGUGCUAAUGAUAGACGCGCGCUUCCAGAACCCCUACUACACCGAGCACCUGUCCAAGUGGCUGCGCGGCUUUCUGAACAACAACCACCACACGUUCGAGAGCCUCGUGAACAGUCCCAAUAGUCUGGAGUCCUUCAUGCAGAGCAUGACCAUCAACGAGACGGAAGACGUGUGAGGAGCGUCUGUUCAACACGUGCUAUUUCAACUUUAGCUAGCUAAGCCAGGAUCUACAGCUUGACCAAUAAAAAAAAACAAUCAGUGAAGGUCAAGUUUGUCCUGGGGGAAAGUUAAACUG